AUGACCGCGACUCAGAAGCAUAACCUCUUCACACCAGAACCUCACUACAUCCCCGGCUAUGCCGGCUUCUACCCUCAAUUGCGAUACCAGGUGGGGAACACCUAUGGCCGCACCACAGCACAGCUGCUCACAGACCCCAGUGUGCAGAAGAGCCCCUGCUCCAUACUGUCCCCCAUGUCCAAGCCCAAGUUCAUUGAGGACGUCAGCAAGCCCAAGGCCCCCUGGGUCCCCUGCCGGGACCUCAACGAGCCCUACGUCCCCCAGUACUCCGGUCCAAAGCCCUACAGGAACUUAGAGGCCCUGGAGCAGCUCCCAGCCCAGCAGGCAGAAACCCAGGGACAACCAGGGGCGGAGGACAUACCUACACAGGCUCCGAGGCCUGCAGGCUUCAUGCCCUACCCUCCCUACCCACCCUGCCCGCCAGUCAGGAAGGGAGACUCUGGAGACCUGGGACACCCCGGCCUGAGGCUGGCGUAUGGCGAAGAGGCCUGGAAGAGCCCCGUCCCUGUCCACGAAAGCCCAGGGCGGUACCAGCUGUGCCACGGUGGGAGGGAGGAGCGCCCCUCCCCCCAGCAGGAGACACUGGACGUGGGGAGGUUCCAGCGAUUACCCCAGCUGGACCACUCCAACCUGAUCCAGCGAAAGGCCAUCUCCGGCUACGCUGGCUUCGUCCCCCGCUUUGCCUGGGUGAUGGGGACAAAUUACCGCGAUGGAGUCACACAGGCUAUGGACGAGUUUGAUAAGAACCAGUUCCUCUUCAGAAAUCCAGUCUGUGGCCUGGGUGAGAGGCUACCCAGAAACCACUGGCCCAACACUACCAUCUACAGAAGCCAGGGACUGAUCCCCUUCUACAUGGGCUUCAUCCCUUCCAUGCAGGACAACUACGCACUAACCUUUGGCAACAGCACCCGGAAAGCCUAUCAGAAGGAACUGGACCGACAAAGCCACACACUAUGA